CUUAUCUACUUAUAAUGUCUGAGUUGCAGCUCGUAUGUACAGUUCAACUGGCUCUGUAAAACGACAAAUUAAUUCAAAUAAGAAAUAAUCUUUUGGAGGAGCGAGGUUUCAGCGCCCUCGCAUGCAAUGUUGGGAGGUCAGGGAAUACAACCUAUCACGGUGGUCUUCAACAACUCCAAAAACUGCUUUCUUCACUUGACAGCAAACUUCGCCAUUCAUCUCGGUCUCCAUGAGAAACAGAUCUUGGAGCUGUCAUGGGGUGUUUCUGCACCUGUGUUCCUCAGCUGGAUCAGAUCCAGACAGUCUUCAGGUCAAGAGGAUAGAGUUGAGAUCAGCAGACAGCUGGGAGAAAAGCUUGGACUCAAAGAGGGAGAGCAGGGCUUCUUGCGGCCAUGUCAUCAGGUUCAGUCAGUGCAGCAGGUGUUUGUAGAGCCUCUGUCCACAGAUGACUGGGAGAUACUGGAGCUCCACAGCAUGGCUCUCGAACAGCAACUCUUGGAUCAAAUUCGAGUUGUCUACAAUGGCGGUGUGUUCCCUGUAUGGGUGGAUCAACACACUGUCAUCUACAUAAGGAUCGCAUCCCUAUCUCCAUCUGUUCCAUAUGGCCGAUUGGAGCAGUUCACCGAGCUUGUUGUCUCCCCAAAACUUCAUCUAGGAGGAGAAGAGCUCCUCCAAACUUAUGCCAUGGAAACAAAUCAGCAUUUACAAAGACAGCAGAAUGCUGACCUCACAUAUACCUCUGCUUUGUCCUCCAGCAUCCAUCAGGAAACCUCCAGAGAUCCUCUGGAGAUUCCGAAUGAGGGUCAACGGAGUGGUAUAGCCGACCUGAAAAGCCUGAUCGGAUAUUUGUUUACAGGACAACGCAAGCCUGCCACAGAGAAUCUUGCAGUUCCCACCAUUCCCACUUUACUGAAAGAUUGUUUUCUCAGAACAUGUGGAACCCCUCCUAAAUCUAUCAACCACCGUGGGUCAUGUUAUGGAGAUGUACAUAUACUACCAUGGAACCUGCAAGAGCAAGAAAACUGGAGUCCAGGGCAGUCCGCUUUAACAUACGGGAAACUUUCAAUCGUUCUUUCUCCUAAAGAAAUCAGGGAGAGAGUCAAGCAGGCCAUGGAGAAGAAGAAAAUCAAAGACGGACCUCAAAAAGAAAAAGACCCAGAGGAAAGUAAGGAGAACAGUGUUGUGGUCAGGAUGCUCUGUCACAAUAUAGAGAAGCUGCAGGAAGAUCAAAAGUUUGACAGAAGUGAAGAAAUUUACUCUGGGAAAGUUUGGAUCCCAGAAGUGAUGCAGAAGCGAUUAAGGAUAGACAUUCAUUCUCCUGUCAGAAUACAGCCUCUAAAAUCAACACCCAGGGUAGCAGAGGCAGUCGUUCUCCAACCAUUACAACCUCUGGCAGAUAGUGAGAGAGAGGACGAGCUACAGACUGCAUUUCUUGACUGGCUGCAUGCUCAGAGUCAUCAGCCGCUCUCCUGUCUGACGCCACGCUCCAACAUAAUCCUCUUACACUGUGCUGAAGGAAAGGCUGAAUUUGCCUUAAGUGUGUUGAAACCAGAGCAAGAGCAAGAAGAUGAGAUGUUCUUUCUAUCGACUGGUUUAUUAAAGAAAACAGACAUACAGAUUGUAAAGGAGCUGCAUCAUUUGGACCAGGGGGGCUCUUCAGACUGUGAUAAUAAAGAUCAAUUUCUUGGUUUCCCCAGUCUCAGCUCUCUUGGUGGGAUAGAGGAUAUCAGCAGAUUGGCCUUUGAACACAUCUCUCAUGCUUUAAUGAGAGGUCCUCUCUCCCGCGAGCUGGUUUCAAUGGGACGUGGACUUAGGGGCGGAGCUCUGCUCAUUACAGGAGCAAAGGGCAGUGGGAAGUCUUGUCUCUCUAGAGCGCUGUGCCUGAAGGCGAGUAAAGAGUUGGAUGCCCAUGUGCAAGUGCUGGACUGUAAGACACUGAAAGGCAAGAGAGCGGACACGAUCAGACAGAGACUAGAAGAGGUUUUUGAGCAGGCGGUUUGGAGGCAGCCUUCUGUGGUCCUGCUGGAUGAUUUGGAUCACGUGACCGGUGCUGCAUCUUCACCCGAGCAUGAGCACGGGCCGGAGGCUGUACUGCGGCAGCACGUCGCACAGAGUCUGAUGCAUUUGGUGGGUGAGAUGGUGAGACGUUCCAGUCUUAUUGUUUUAAUGGUCACAGCACAAAGUGAACAUUCACUUCAUCAGAGCCUGACUAAGGUGCAGGGCUUACAUUUCUUUCAGUGCUUCUGCAAGAUCCCAACACCAGAUCAGGCUCAACGGGUUGAGAUCUUGAGGAAGUUGAUACAAAAGAAACACUUUCAGGACUAUCAAGCAACUCUUGAUUUGGAAAGUGUUGCCAAAGAGACAGAAGGAUACAUGGCACAAGAUUUGAACCUGCUGCUGGAGCGGGCCAUCCAUGCCUACACUAUACACAACAAAAGCAAUGGCAGCACUAAAGGUGAGCUCUAUUAUUAUCAUAAUUCAGUCUUUCUGAAAUCUACUGCAGUUCAUUUUACUCGUUCUACAGAUUUGAGUUAUAAAGACUUCAAACAGGCCCUUCAAGACUUUACCCCACCCUCCCUCUGGGAAGCUCAGCUGCAGGUGCCCACCGGGGCAGGCAUGGAGAGUAUCGGUGGGCUUCACCAGGCACGCCAGCUCUUGAUGGACAUCAUACUUCUACCAGCUAAGUACCCACUGCUCUUCUCAAGUCUGCCCAUCCGCCAGUGCUCUGGUGCGCUGCUUUACGGAGCUCCUGGCACAGGCAAGACCUUGCUAGCUGGAGCUGUGGCCAAGGAGAGCGGCAUGAACUUCAUCAGCAUCAAGGGUCCUGAACUGCUUAGCAAGUACAUCGGGGCUAGUGAGCAGGCAGUUAGGCAUGUGUUUCAAAGGGCUCAAGCAGCUAAGCCCUGCAUACUGUUCUUUGAUGAGUUUGAUUCAUUGGCACCUCGAAGAGGUCACGACAACACAGGAGUCACUGACCGAGUGGUCAAUCAACUGCUCACACAGCUUGAUGGAGUGGAGGGGCUGACAGGGGUGUAUGUGUUGGCUGCUACCAGUCGUCCUGAUCUCAUUGACCCUGCCCUCCUUAGGCCCGGGCGUUUGGACAAGUCUCUCUACUGCCCUCCUCCAGAUCGGGAGGCACGGUUGGAGAUCCUAAAGGCUUUGACUCGCUCUGUGCCGCUGGCUGCAGAUGUGGACCUAGAGCAGAUUGCUGUGGCAACAGAGCUGUUCACUGGGGCAGACCUGAAGGCUCUUCUCUAUAAUGCACAGCUGGAGGCAAUUCAUAGCAGCCUGGGACCCAACCUUCUGCAUGAUCUGGGCUCGGGCUCAGACAGUGACGUCAGCCUGUCUUCCUUAAUUUUCCUGAACCAUAGCAGUGGAUCGGAUGACUCAGCCGGAGAAGGGGACGCAGGGCUGGACCACUCUAUGGUCUUGCUUGACCAAAGCAUGCUUCCACCCGAAGACCCACGUCAGAAUAUCUGGCGCCUUUACUUUGGUAGCUCGUUCGAGUCUGAACUGGACAACCGAUCUUUGUCUGAACUGAAUUCUCUGUGCCUCUCUGGCCCCAAUUCUUCUGCUCCUGACCUAACAGGGGCAUCUGUGAAGGAUGCGAGCUCUUGUCAUGCUCCGGUCUUCAUGUCCUGUGUGAAGGAGGGCUUUCAGGAACUGACCAAUGAGCAGUCAGAGCGCCUCAGAGCAGAGAUCAAUGCUGUAAAGAAUAGUUAUCGCAGAAACAUGGAUGACUCAUCUCUGGUGCAGACUGGUCCCAGUAAACCUGGCUGUCUCAUAUGCCAGGCUCACCUGAUCUCAGCUCUGGCUAGCACUAGAGCAUCUGUCAGCAGAGAAGACUGGAGGAGAUACACUGAACUAUACGAGUCUUUUGGCGCUUUAAAAGAAGGCAGGUCUCAGAACACUGCUUCAUUUAAAGCAGGUCAGAGGGUAACGUUAGCUUAAUGAGAGCUUUACAGUACAUGCAUUUAUACAGCUCAGGGCAUUAGAAUGUGAACUGUUGUGGUUGUCUCCAUUUCUUCUUUGCCUUAAUUGCAAAUGCAGUCUGAAAAACUCAUUGUUGAGUUUAAAUGUGUGAAUGUUAUUAAUAAGAGUGAUUGUAUCGGGAAUUUGACUUGAAAUCAGUAGCACCUACUAAAUAAUGAUUUCAAGAUAAUUUGUGUUAUUAAAUUUAUCAGUGAUGUGUUUUAUGAUUUGCUGCUAUAGGAAAUGUAUGACAUCACAAAUGUAAAUAUGGAAAAUAUGUAAUUAACUUUUUAAUAAAUAGUAUUUGUUAUAAGAAUUUUAAGUGUUAUCUCUGAGCACGCUUAUUUUCAUAAAUGUAACACUUUAUUAGUAUGUAGUACCUUCCUUUUUGACA